AUGAAGCUUUUUCUUCUUGCUAUAUUUACACUCUUGAUUACUGUCAAUGGUAAUAUAUUUGAUCGUCAUUGUAAAUGCAAAGCUGUUGCAUCAAAAGUAAUACAUAUAUCAUAUCAUUCAUGGGAUAUAUCUUCAUGUAAACUUUGCUCAUGCAGUAAUGCAGCUAUGGUCAAUUGUGAACAAGCAUGUAAAGCUCUGGUAGAAAGUUAUGCACUUACUGGUUGUGGAAAACUUACUAAAAAUACAAAGGUGAAAUAUGCAUGGGAGGCAAAUAAAUGUUCAAGUGGUCUUAGCAAAAAUGAACUUACAUGUGCUUAA